UUUUGAAUUUUGUACGCUGUGAGCUUUAUUUGUACUCUAAAAAUGUAUGUCAAAAAAUGGCUACUCUUUCUUGUUAUUGGUUUUCAUUUUAACUUUAUGAACUGUUAUCGUUAUAAACUCAGGUGUAACUGUAAUCAAACUCAAUGUAUAGAACCAGUUGGCUGUUUAUCAGGAAAAGUUAAAGACGCGUGCGACUGCUGUAACGUUUGUGCUAAAACUGAGGGCGAAAGAUGCGGAGGAAGAAAUCAUAUUGGAGGUGAGUGCGGAAAAGCUUUGCAAUGUAUGGUAAGACGUUUAAGAACACACAAUAACAGAAAAAUUCAAGAAAUAGGUGCUCUCGUUGGUCGUUGCGAACAUGAAAUGUGUCAUAUGGUACAGUGUCCUUUUGGAAAAUCAUGUUUUUAUGAAAAAGGGGUAGCAUCUUGUGACUGCCCAAAAUGCAUAGAUAUGAUUUCAGAACCUGUGUGCGGAGAAGUCAACAACAAAGAUUAUAAUAAUGAAUGCGAAUUGAGGACAGAAGAGUGUAGAACUGGUCGAAAAAUUGGAUUAAUAAGAGGAACGUGUAUGGCUCCUAACAUAAGUCGAAUAUCUUGCAAGGCUGAUUCGAUGACGAUUGAAAUCUUAAAAUCAUUCAUCCGGACAAACGGAAAACAUAUAAGUCUAUUUGAUGCGAAUUGUAAACCAAAAGAAAAUAAAACACAUUUCAUAUUUCAUACAAAGUUAAACGAAUGCGGAACUAAAGUGGCUUAUACUCUAACGUCAGUUAUAUACAGCAAUGCCAUUCGAAGUGUUGAGAAUGAAAAUAACAUUAUAGUUCGUUACCGUAACAUUAAAGUGCCCUUUGAAUGUGAUUACCUUUUACAAAAUAAAAAUGAAUUUCAAGUCAUAUUUCACAGCAACCGUUCAAAAGAUAAACCUAGUGAAAACAGAAUUAAUGUUCGCUCAUUUCAGGAAUUAAAAUCAGAAAAUGAAAAAUAUUUGGUGGUACUAAAAUCUAAACUACCGGAAAACCAUAAUGCAACACUUCUGUUGAGACAGUGUACUGCAAACUCAGGAGCACAAUCGUCCAAACAAUUCAGCUACACUAUCAUCAGUAAUGGAUGUCCUUUAUUGCAUGGUUUAGAAAUUGCUGAAUCUAAAGGAUCAUUUAUAAAAUUGCUUAUUCCAAUUAAUGCAUUUCGAGGAAUAAAGCCAAAUCAAAUUCUUGUUAAAUGCAAAAUACGUCAAUGUUUUUCCAAUAACACAAAAAAAGACUUUUUGUGUACUCCAAUCAAUUGUAGAAAGUAAGAAAUGAAACUAACAUAAAUACUGAA